CAUUAAACCAAUCGAUCCGUCCAUACUUUUGUCUCAGAUCAAUGAACGACAUGUUGCUCAAACGCUUGAUGACGACGAAUACUACUAGCAGGAAAAAGACGGUGGCAACGACGACAUCGCCCUUAUCGCUGUCGUCUCGUCGCGGGACAACCGCAGCGAUAACCAAGAAACACAAACGUUACGUUUUGUUUGUUUCGUGGAAACAGCAAUAUGAAAAGGAUCCGACCCGCACCGUUCUCGCUGCAGCGAUGGCAGCACUGAUCCUUGCCGCGGCGGCAACGGCGAUUGUUGAAAUUUUUUUGGUGAGUAGCACGAGCCUUCGACCCAGAUCCCCAACUGUUUCCGUUUCGAGGCUUGUUGCGAAAUCUAUGGCAUCGAUCUCGAUCUCCUUCGUUAACGGUCGAGGAGUUCGUCGUCCCCGGGGGCAUCGCUACUAUGACUAUUGGAGAGACGAGGACCACGAAGAUUUCGAACCGUAUCCCUGGAAAUUUAUGAAGCGCCCUUUCUCUAGCAGCGGGAGCAAGAACGCUGAUGUCAAUAAUUUGGGGAUCGCGCUGGAUGACGAGACCUAUGUCCCAGAGCAAACUCUUGACAAAAAUAGCAACGCCAACAUCGAACGAAAGCUUACAUCAAAGAGCAAGGAGGAUGUCAUCUUCAACGAUCGAUCUUCGUUCUACGCCAAGUUGCGCCAAUCCUACGAAUCCUUCUUUCCUCCACCCUAUCUCUCAAGCAGCAGUAGGAACGAUGCAAACGCAAAACGGGCCCUCCAAGCCGUCGAAGACCUCCAAACAUAUACUAAUUUGCAAACCUACCUUUCAGCAUCGAACCCUGUCAAUCCAGACAAUUCGGAUAGCAGUGGCAACAGCAGUGGUCACAAUCUGUACUACGACAUUCACAAUUGUACCGAAGAACCACUUCCGGGGUACCCGAAGGAAUGGAAUCUCCUACAUGACGUCCUGGGCCAAUGGCCGGCGGACGAUCCCGAGUUGCCCGCAUCGGGGACUCUCUACCAGGGACUGUGUGUUUUUGAUUUGCAAGCGAAUCCCGACGAUCUUCGCAAGGCCAUUGCGUACCGGAACGCCGAGGUCCCCUUUGUGGUCCGGGGCGAUCCGGCCGUAGCCCAAACCGUGGAACGGUGGAAUGCUCCACACUACCUCGAAGCGCUCCUGGGAGAUCUCCCACACGGCACCGAGACCAGUGCCUCUGGAAGCUUUACCUAUUGGACGGCAAACGGGGUCGACAGCCGCAAAUAUCCCAUGGACGCUGCCUCGUACAAAGCCCCGACUGACCUCACAGAAAUGACCUUUGCCAAGUGGAUGGCCCUUGCCAACGUGACCGAUCCGCAAUUGCUGGGGCCGGAGUCCCCCCAUUAUUAUUUCCGUGUGGUGGGAUGCGCUCCGGCACGUCCCCCCACUCACCACAACAACGGACACGGGGCCGAUUCCUUCGAGGAUAACACGUGUUCGAUACUGCCGGGAAAGGCCCGACACGUUCCGUAUCUGGCCGAUGAGUUGCCAUUUUAUACACAAACCAAAGCUAGUUUGUACGUCAAAGAGCCGCUGGCGGAAAAGAUUGCCCUGCAAGGUCCCGCCGGCGCGGGAUCGAAGGCACUGAACUGCCGCUUUGGCAUGAAGGGUGUCAUGACCACGAACCAUUUCGAUGGGGAACGCAAUUUUGUGACCGUCCUGAGCGGAGAACGUCGCUACAUUCUUGCCCACCCAAGGCAGUGCGGCAACAUGGCCCUCUUCCCUUACGGGCACCCGAGCGCCCGUCACUCUUCUGUCGACUGGGCUCGGCCCGACCUGUUGGCGCACCCGCGGUUCGAGGCGGCGGAGGGGAACGAGGUCGUCCUACAGGCGGGGGACUCUUUGUUUCUCCCGUCCCUGUGGUUUCAUUACAUUGUGAGCAUGUCCACUAACAUCCAGUGCAACACACGCUCAGGAAUGGACGGAAGGCACGUUUCCGACCUAGACGAGUCGUGUGGGUGGUGAAUCCGUUUUUGGUUCCUGGUCGUUCUUGUUGUUGAUGAUGAAGUGUAACAACAUAGCGAUGAAGUUACCAUGUCUGCUGUUUCCACGAGGAGUACUAAUUCAUUCUUGUUGUUCUUUUGGUGAUGGUUACUACUACUAAAAUUUACUAUGACCU